CGGUCUCGCCGUCCGCCUUGCACACCCGCACCGUCAUGGCCUGCCCGUACUCCAGGGCCACCUGCGAGCCGAUCUCCUCCGCCGUCACCUGCGGGCGAGCGACACGGCCGUGAGCGCAGCCCCGCCGGCCCGGCCCGGCCCGGCCCCGCGCCCCGGGCCCACCUGCGGGGGGAGGUCGCAGAGCAGCGGGUCCUGCACCAGCCGCGCCAGCGCCGCCUGGAACAGCUCCAGCACCUCGGCGUGCGCCAGCUCCUCCGCCGGCUCCUCCGCCGGCUCCUCGGCCGCCAUCGCCGGAAGGGGCGGGCGGCGCGGCGGAACCGGCGAUGCUGCUCUUCUGUCCGGCCUGCGGGAACGUGCUGGUGGCCGAGGAGGGGCCGCGCUGCCACCGCUUCGCCUGCACCACCUGUCCCUACGUGCGCAACGUCACGCGGAAGGUGACGAGCAGGAAGUACCCGCGGCUGAAGGAGGUGGACGAUGUGCUGGGCGGCGCCGCGGCCUGGGAGAACGUGGACUCCACGGCAGAGCCGUGCCCCAAGUGCGAGCACCCCCGCGCCUACUUCAUGCAGAUCCAGACGCGCUCGGCCGACGAGCCCAUGACCACCUUCUACAAGUGCUGCAACCCGCAGUGCGGGCACCGCUGGCGGGACUGAGGGGAGCGGGCAUCGCAAUUUUUGCUGCUCUUGCAAUAAACGCGGCACUGCGGGCAA